AAUUAUAAUGAUGUAUGGGGUCGUGACUGUGCAUUAUGCAAAUAGUGAAAAUGCCGUUCUAGAUGGCGGUCUCGCUGCGGCAGGAGCUCGCACAUCAUGCCUCAAGUCUCCCACAAGGACACAUGAAAGCCCCUGGAAACUCCAGAAAUGUGCAGCAGCCCUUCAUUCCAAAUCCACGGGCCAAGCCAUUCAACCCAAGUUACCAUGGUAACCAACAGGACCACACAGCAGUGGGUGACCACUUCAGCAGGCCAGCAUCCCAUCACCAUGGCAACCAUAACUACCAGGUAACUCAACAACAUAACCACAUCCCCUCCAAUGACCCCUUCUCCCCUCCCCUGGACACCCCGUCCUUUUCCCAGUUUCCCAGCCCGCCCCAGCCCCGCGAGUCAGACCCUGUCUCGCUCUACUCCCCGUGGUCGACCCAGCAAGAUGAGCCCGUGGUUGCCCAGGCAACCCCUGCGGACAUCCUGUCAUCUCCGCUGUGGGGGACGGACCUGAACAGUUCGCAGGACAAGAGAGCUCUUGAUGACCUUGUGUCAAAGAUCAUUGAUGAUGAUGUACCGGUCAGCAGUGGCCAGCCUCAGAAUGGAGAUGCUGAUGUGUUUGGGAGUAACUCUACCUUCGGCUUGGAGGGGAACAAGUUCAACUUCCAGUCCAUUUGGUCAUCUGGUGGGGAUGAGCUGCUAUCUGGACCCAAACCUCCUCCUCCCCCGCAUCAACAACAAGUCCUGCAACAACAACAACAACAACAACAACAGGCACGCAGACCUUUCCGUCGAACCCCUGGGAACAGUCCCAUGUGGCCAAAACGUGACAUCUUCUCUCAGCCGCCCCCUCCAUUACAGCACCCUCCAGGGCCACCACCACCACCCUCCAAGCCAUACGAACAGAACCUCCCAAUGAUGGGCAGCAAGCCCCCGUUUCACAGCCCGCCCCGCGGAUUCAACAGGCCCCAAAACUUCCGAAACAACGACGACCCGUUUGGUAAUAUCGAGCAGUGGCGGAAUUCAGCAAAGCAAGAGCAGCUGGAGUCCCCAAAGCGUCAGGAAGGCACCCAGCGGUUUCGUCAUCAGUCGGAGGAGUACCAACCACAGGGCAACUUCCGGGAGCGGCACAGCUCUGGGAGCUCUAAUUUCAGCAUUGGGGAGUGGAAUGCAGACGAAGUGAAUCUUGGACAAGGGGAUGGAAACUAUUUCCAGCAGCAAAACAGUCGUCAGGAGCAAGGCUAUCGAAAGUACAGCAAUUCCUCAGUCGGGGAUUCCGGCUGGGGAGGUCAGAGGGGAGGUCGCUGGGGCCAGAGGUCGGAGUACCAAAGGUCAGAUGGAUCAAGAGGGGGUGUGGCGGAAUCCACACCCAGAAGUGCAUCGCAGGAUGAGCUUGCAAACCAGAGUGGUUUCCGCCCCUUCCAGCCAGCCCUACUUGAGAAGACACCCGGCUUUCGCAAGCAGCAGUUCGGAACGCGGUAUCAAGGCCGUGGUCGUGACUUCCCCCCAACUGGAUCUAUGGCCGACACCCGUUCGACCUGGCAGGGGAAUGAGGAGAAUCAGGUCCCAGCCAUGCCUGGACCUCAAGCUAACGAUCAAGCACAGUAUUCAGAGUGGGCUCGCAACAGUAAGACCACGGCAGUACCCUGGAAUGGGAAAUCGCACAGCAGCACCAGCUCGGACGAGCAGAGCCCCCAAGGCUUCUAUGACAAACAGCAACAGGGAUUUCCUCCAAACAAGCCUUUCCCCCCUUCCAGCCAAAGUUCCGAUGCAGGAUGGAUGGGCAACGGAAAUUUCCAGCCGCCACCAACAUUUCCAUCCGAGUUUGCGGUCCCCAAGAGUGAUGCUUCACAGCAGCCGUCACCUACCACACCUCAGCACUCACCCCCGAGGGACUUUACCGGCAAAUCUAACUACCAACAAGACAGCCCAACCUACCCGCAUCCAGGAAACCGGUUCAGUUUCCAUGGCGAGAACCGGCCUCCCAUGCCACCUCGAAACUUCCAAGGAGAUGCCAUGCCACCUACUUCCGCUGGGUACCAGCCUGGUGGUUCUAUAGACAAGUGGCAGCACCAGUCAUCCGGCAGUCACCAAGGCAACAACCCUGGCAGCAGCCGGCCACCCUCAGCAGCAGGAAAUUACCACGGGAAUAGCUCUGGGAAUAACCGACCGCCGCCUACGGGAUCGUUCCAGGGCCCUGGUGCGAAAAGGGAGCCUCCGUUUGGUUUCCGCCCCCCUCCUGGUGAAACAGCGCCACAAGGUCAGCAGGAUGGGCCUCUUGGCCCUCCUCCCCCUCGCGGUAAAUUCUCCCGCAACCGCAACUACGAAGAGAUGAUGGCAGAACAGUUUGGGCAGGCUCCUCCAUUUCCGCCACCAUUCGCUCACAACGACAAGCGCCACAACCAUCACACAACCAUGCCCCCUCCUCCCCCACCACCCCAAGGACCAAAUGGGAUGCCCCCUCUGUCCCCCCUCUCCGGGGAGGCUUUUGAAUCCUACCCCCCAGACUUUUACCCCCCAGGACCAUUCCCCCCGCCCUUCUACGCUCCGGAAAUGAUGUUCGACUUCCCUCCCCCGCAUCCGUUCUAUGGUUACGCGCCGCCGUAUGGUAUGUACCGUAUGGGAGGGCGGCGUAGUGGCCCGUCCAAUGAGCUGCACGUCCGACUGGAGGAAUGCUAUGACCAGUUCCGAAACCUGGAGAAGGAAAGGAAGAAGACGGAGGCAGAUCUGGCCAGGCUGUAUCCUGGGAAGAAGAUCAGCAGCAACAACAGCCUGCCGAUUCCCCGCCUGCCAUCCAACCCGUCCCGCGUCGAUCGCUUGGUUGUGGACCAACUGCGGGAGCACAGCAGGGUUGUGACGCUUGUGAACAGGAUCGAGGGUCUCGUGUCGGAGCCGCUGCACGCCAACCUGAUCAGCACGCUGGAGCGUUUUCUGGAGGGGGUGCGGAAGGUGCAGGCCCGGCGCCGAGAGGAAGUGGUCAACGCAACGAACCGACAACGGCAAGGUGGACCUCGCCACCAGGACGACAGAGAUGUGCUGGCUCUAGCCGUCAGUAUCCACGAGCUCACCCUCCACACCCGUAGGGCUCGCACCGCGCUCUGGUGUGCCUUGCAGAUGGCACGUGCCACCCAGCCCGACCCUCCCCCCAUCAGCCAACCAGAGCUCAGCACUCCAGCAGGCGACAGCCAACCGGAGCAGAGUGUGUCAGGUGGGAGUGCGCCAACAACAACAGGUGUUAGCGAUGAGAGUAGGCCAUAGUGUUGAUUGUUUACGGUCGCUAUGGUUACCACGAUGUAGUGUAUUCGAAGAUGGCAAAUGUGCCAGGUUUAUGAGAAUCGUGAAAUGGAAGAAGAAAGUCAACUUUGCAGACGGCAAAGCGUCAAGCAGGGUAGCACGCGGCUGCCGAGGUGCAUCAUAUCAAGAAUAUACGUCUCAAGAAAGGAAAAACAGACUGAAGAAAAAGACUACCCAAGUCUCAAUCGAUGUGUUACAGGAUGUAGUCGAGUUUGUAGCAAUAGAAGUAUAUCCAGAGCUCGUCUAUGUGCUCUUGAAUAGAAGGAAGCAGCAAAGAUGUUUGUACUGUUGGAUAUUAUUAAUCGUGCCACACGUUUCUAUAUGUGCUCACAAGAAUCUACGGAGUUUAUUCUGAAAUGCGCCAGGAGAAAAUAGGAACCAAACUUUCCUUGGGACCACUAAUUAUAUUCACAGGACUUCUAACACGCAUUGAUAGCGUACGGGAACUUCCCACGACUUCUUCUCAAGGGGUUAGGAACACAGCUAUUCAGAGCUAGAGUAAAUCCAUAAUGUUAGCAAUUUAACAAGCAGCCAGCGGUCAUGGCUCACAGUACAGUUAAUUAGCUAGAUUGUUAGAUCUUUCGCUGCAUGCUUGCAGGAAUGUAUAGGAAGUUUGUUCAAACUUGCCGUAAAUACUAUGGUAGAGAUGUUAGAAGGGAAGCAGGACCUGGUUGGUACUGGUUGUCCCAAUUAUAUAAGCUACUGCUGUUAGGUAGCCUACAAACUUUUCUAGCAGUACUUUCACUGGACUUUUUUCGAGUCCAUGUUGUUGAAGUCUUAGAUAAGCAAUUGUGCAGGGUUCUUGGGGCUGCAAGUAGCUGGCCAAAAGAUGUAUUUUGGUCGAGAUGUUGAUUUUAUAUGGCGAGCAGGGUUGUCGUAGCAGAUGUAUGUCGUUAAGAGUGUUGUAUUUUCCUAUCUCACUGCUCAGAAGCCAAAUACCAAGAGCAUAGAAUGUGUUAUUUUUUAUGCAACGAGCAUACGUGCAUUAUGGUGUACUUAUACUUGAAAUCUAAACCGUGUCAAAGACGUUCUAAGGGUUGCUGCCCUGUCUUUGGUUGUGCGAAAGCAACCUUCGAAAGGUUAGAGGCAUUGUCUGCAAGGCAUGCAUUUAUGGAGCAGGCUAUUCUAAGGGGAACAGCAACCAAGUGAACUACUCUGAUUGUACCCUAGCCGAAAAGAGAACACAAAGUAACAAAAGUCUUGCCUUAUAUCGCCACAUGACUGUAGAAUUUCAUAAGCUAAACAUGUAUUUACAGUACUAAGAGAUUGAAUCUCUGCAAUCGAGGUCGUUGGCCCUCAGUGAAAACCAAUGGUUUACUUGAGAAUUGGACUGUUGUAGUGAAAAGAUGAUGAAGAAAUGUUGUCUUGUCUGGUACGGGAAUGAAAAGUUGUCUCUGCAGCAAUACAAAGGAAAUAAUUACAAAGCUGAAGCAACUACUGGUGUAAAUGUUGACUCUAAAUGUUUAUAUAUAUUAUCUAUAUCUAUAACUAAUGCAAUAUGACUGGAUUCAGUGGAUUAAUUUAUUUUGAUUGAACAGGAACUUGAUUUUGUGUAAAAGAGCUAGCCUUUUUGUGACCCAGUUAUAGACUUGUAUUUCCUAUCAUGAGAUUUAUGGAAGCCAUUCUGCCAUAGAAGAAGAUAUGUAUCUUAUACCUCACAGUAUAAUAUCAUGUUUGAAUGGAAAUAAGCUUUGCUUCCCAGUCCACCACUUUCUCAUAGUGACCACAUAGACUGCAACCAGCAGAGCUGGAACACUGAUAUGGUUUGUAACCAAGUCUCAAUUUUGUAGUGACUACCUACUCCUAAUGGCUAUCAGAGACUUAAUGUCAUUAUCUAGUACUCAAAAGUAUGGAAUUUGGCUAUAGAGUCUGUAAAGACUUGUGGAAACUGGGGUCAGAAAAAAGUUCUGGAAGAAGAGGAUCACUUUGAGAAAACUUAAAAAUCCUGUAUGCUACAUUGAUCUUAAUUUGGUCUUGCCCAUUGUGGAAAGGUGAUAAAUUCUCAAGACAUUAUGCACACCUUUUGUGUUAAACUACGUUUCUCAUUUUAAUUUGGUGCAGCUUUUAAUGGACAAUCCAUGCAAACUGCCCCUUAAAUGGAUUAUGUACCCAUUGCUUUGGAGAGGAUAGCAAAGCUUACUUUCCUGUUGUGUUACCCAUUUGUGUUGUCAGUGUUUUGGAUUCUUAGAAUAUAUGAUACGGUAGAAAAUAGAAAUUACCACGUUGCACUGCAUAUCCGAUGAGAUUCCUAGCUUGCUGUUGAUUACAGAGAGCCAUUCUGAUCAUGUUUUUGAGAUGAUUAAGUUUCUAGACAAUUUUAGGUUAAAAUGUAUUGUUCUCAGUGUAGUAUAAAAGUACAAAGACAUUAUUCAAGAUUCGAGACGAAACAGCGUAGUUAAGUUAGUAAGCCAAAGACAUAGGUGUUAAAUGGAAAUAACAAACCAAACAGUUUCCUUGAUAAAAACUUUGAAUGCCAUAAUUGAUGUAUCCAAGAUUAAUUUGUGUGGGAUGAGUCUGAUAACAUUUACACUGACCGAGGUGAAAUUUUUAGAAUAUUUCCCUCAAAUAUUUAAAAACAUUAUCAAUUUAUUGUAAAUUGCAACCAACUUCCAACAGCCCCUCAUCAUGCGACUUUUCAUAUAUUGCUGAUUGUUUUAGAUAAGACAGAGCCAUGGUCCUUUCCUUGUUUGGAGCCUGGACAAAAAGUACUUUAUGCAGUUCACCAAGGCUUUUAUAGACCACAACGAAGAGUGUUAGGCUUAAGGUUAACUAUAUAUUAUAUGUAUUAUAUAUAUGCAUGAUAACUUGAUUGUCUUUCACUGCGCACAGAUAUAGUUCUUGUUUACAACUAUGUAUAGGGAGAGAGAGAGCUGAUAUGACAGCUGUCAAUCACUUUGCCGUUGCAUGUUGAUUUCUGGUUUCCCAUAUAUGGUAUCAUGGCUGCUAGGAAAUACACGUAAUAAUAUUCAAGGGUUACAUAUGUGUACUUAAACAGAUAUUUUGGUAGGAAGCGUUUAGAUGGAAUUGUUUUUCCGAUAGAUUAUACUGUGUACCAGGAAAUUGAAAACUACUCACCGUUGCAUGUUUGCCAGGUGUAUGACUAUGAAUAAUUAAUUAUUACUGUGUGUUACUCUACACUACUGAGGAUGUAAUGUGUGAUACUUAUGAACUGUACUCCUACACAAAAAGACUGGAGCUGUCUCACAUGUGAUAUUGAAACUUUCCGUACGUUUGACACCCCCCUUGUGAAAUGGACUGGUCCCAGCUCAGUGGCUACUGCCAGAAAAGUGGAUACUUUGUGGACUGUUCCAUUAUUGGAUGAAGGGAUGUGAUUGUUGUGCUUAGCAGAAAAAAAGUGGUGGUGUUGUUUGCUUGCACUUUGGUGACCUGAAAAGUUGGACUUGUAAUCGUGGCAGUAGUAUUGAGAUGGGACAGACAAAGUGAAAUGUGGAGGGCUGUCAGAAAUGUACGAAAGCUACAACUAAUAAUUGUGCUUGAGUGUUAUGAUAUUGUUAAUGUUGAAUGGUGGGAAAAGCUGUGGGGAAAUACUAGUGAUGCAUUUUAUUGCCUUGAAAAUUUGAAAUGUGGUUUACUAAUGUUAUGAAGAGUUCGCCUAGCUAGUUCCACUUGGAUAGUGGGUGUUGAUGUGAUGACAUAGAGGUAAAGUAUAUAGUUUAUUAUGCAGAAUUAUAGUGACGGACCAUUCAGAGAUGGCGUUACCUAUUACUAUUAGAUAUUCAAAAAUAUUUGUUGCCAAAAUAUGAAAAGAAAGUUUUCCAUCCCAUUCAACUUCCAGCCAAUGAUUUUUUUCUUCAUUUUUGCAUUAUAAUUCCCCACUGAAAAUUGUGCAUGUAUCAAAUUUUUCCUUUCUGGAUACAACUUACGAUAUCUGUGGCUAUGAAGUCCAACUAAAAGUCUAAAAGCAAAGUGUUAAGCACAUGGCAUACAGUUGUUUGAGUGUUUCUUGCAAGGUGGAUGUGUGAAUGAGUCCACUGUUUUGACAAUGCUAACAAUGUACAACCCUGCAGACAGACAUGCAGAAGGCAGCUUAAUAAGGAUAGGAUGUACUGUCUAUGCACAUAUUGAUACAGUACCAGUACUUACAAAUCAGAGUUGAACUUCUCUCAAAAGUUCUUGGCCAGUUUGACUUAUCAGUAUUAGGAAGAUCUCAGUGUAAAAUUAGUUGCCAUGAGUAGGCAAUUGUGACUAGCAAACAUAUCUUUUAUUUUGAUAGUAGAACUGCUGGAUUUAGAACCAUUUCAUUGCCCCAAAAAUAAUGCUUUUGUCUUUCUCAAAACCUAUAUUGUAGAUGUAGUAAAUUUAGAUUUACUGGUACUCAUGAAAUCAACAGUAUAAAACUAAAAGAAUGAGCAUUUUACUUUGACAUGAUGAGCAAAAUGUUAUCUAGAAAAGGCCAUGAGAAAUAUCGAAGGUUGUUUAAUAUCAUUCUAUAUCUAUGCCAGUAUCAAGAAUUUGCAAAUUAUAAGUUAGAGAUGCUGAAAAAUUUUGCAACAGAACAAGAUGUGAUGAUGACUGAAAAGUACUUGAAGUAUAAUGUACUAAAACACCAGUCCCUCAUAUGUACCCAUUAGGUUGUAUUUUUUGUGAACUCCAAUGCCAUAUAUGUUUGCUGAUUUUGCCAGUUAUAGAUUUCAUUUCAUAUUUAGAGAAUGAUACUUGAUUUUGUCAAGUGCAAAGCUAAACUGUAAUGACCAUGAAUGGCUUUUAAAAUGACUUUACAUUGCUCAAAAUUUGUCCAAGCUUGCCUGUGACACACCAUGAUUAUACUGAUGUUACAUGCUGAAUAUUUGGUUUUUACAGACCCUACCUUUUUUUUUAUGUUGCCAAAAGUCAUACUCAUCAAGUUUUUCAUAAUCUGGAAUGAUGGCCAGUUGUCAUGAAAUUGAAGGAUUUUAGGGAAAGUAUGGCUAAUUAUUAGAUUCUCAUAUUGUCAACUAGAAAUAUAGACUGAAAAUUGUUCUGUGCAAUCAUCAAAACAUUACAUAUUCAAUGUAUGCCAGUAUAUUGCUGCAUUUAGAGUAUCAAUUGGCAAUUAUUGACAAUAAACCAAUUCAGCAUUUUUUAUGUUAAUAUUGAUCUUCUUGAUUUCCUGUUGCUGCUAGUGCAGGGUAUAUGCAGCUUCUCUGGUGGCUUGUAUGGACAGCGUAUCUUUUCUUUUUCUCAGGGAUAUUUACAAUGGUGUUUCUUUUUUACUCCCAUGUUUUUGUGUGUGUGAAUGCUUUGGCAGUGUGGACUUGCUGGUAGUGCAGAGCGUUGGUACGGGGGCCCAUGUGGAAUGAAAGUAGAAUACUGAUUCCUGCAUAUAGUGAAUGGAGUUGCUAUUACUAAGACAUGGACUGAUUCCAUAGGUAGAUGUUUUCUAUGUUGACAUAUUAUCAUGUUCACCUAAGUAAUGAGAAUUUCUGAGCAUCUCCGAUAUUUAUACUGUGCAAGGAGGUGAGAUUUCUAUGUGGGGUUCAGCCGUUUUGACUUACAUAAUAUUGGAUGUUUUUUCUAUCAAGUUCAUAAGUUCUGAGAUUGAUAUACACGGUAAAACUUGCACUUGCAGCAAAAAAUUAUUCCAGUGUAACUUAAACACAACUGUUUGUGGAUUUGAAUAAACUCAACAUGGUAUGUGCUUUGCCAUGGAUGUUGAAUGGUAAAAA